AUGGUGCUUCGCCAGCACGUGACUCCUACACAGGAUCUUCCACACGCAAAUCUCUCCAUGGCUGAAUUGUGGCAGCAGCUCGGUUCCCCGCAGCAGCUUCGAGCUCUGGCUCGCCUCUUCUUCAUUUGUCUUCUCUGCCCUCCCUCAGGUGCUCUUCCCUGGGAUAACAAAGCCAGUGCAUCCCCUCUGGAGGGGUUUGAGGUGGUGAAGGGGAAUUUCUCUCGGACUUUCCUGCGCGUUGGCUACCACAAGGUUGCAGAGAUUCCAGCAGGAGCGCAAAACAUCAGCAUACAGGAGACAGUGAAGAGCAGAAACUACCUAGCUCUGCAGACCCAAACUGGAGUGUCUGUCAUCAACGGAAAGUGGGUGAUUGACAGGCCUGGGAUCUUCGUCGCCGUGGGAACACAGCUGACGUACCGACGACCCAAUGAAAUCCGCUCUCGCCUCGGAGAGUCCAUCACGGCGCCUGGGCCGCUCACUGAGGACCUGCACGUCUACUUGAUCUACCAGCAACCAGGACCUGGUGUAUACUAUGAAUACAGUGUACCUUUACAAACCACAGAACCCACUCCUGAACCACAUGCACCUUCUGGUAUACUUCCCCUGGUAGAGACGGUAGAUCCAUCCCUCUCAGGCGAGAAAACACACCCAGGUGACAUGACCAACAAUGACAUCACCGAGGAGACACCGUCCCACAACCAGGUUCCCACUGAACCCAGCGCGACUGUUCCUGCUGACCUCUGUGACCCUGCACUUCAACCAGUAAACCAGUCAGAAUUCUGCAACACACAGCCCUGCGCUGCUUACUGGGAUGUGGGGGAGUGGUCGGAUUGCACCAAGAGGUGUGGCCCCGGCACUCAGCACCGACAGGUCAUCUGCCGUCAGGUCACUCACGUCCAUGCCAACGGGACAGAGUCCCAGGUUACCGUUGCACCAGAGCUGUGCGGGGUGUCUGAUAGGCCGGUGACCAAGUCUACCUGUCAACUGAAAAUAUGCAGCCAAUGGGAUGUUCGAUCCGAGUGGAGCUUGUGUUCAGUGCCGUGUGGGGUGGGCCAGCGCAGCAGGGAGGUGGUGUGUCUGAGUAACCAGGGCGAUGUGGAGGAGGAUGACGAGUGCAACAUGAACCUGAAGCCAGACACACUGCAAAACUGUGACAUGGGGGCGUGUGCACGCAGCUGGUUCACCUCCCUCUGGAGCCAACGGUGCUCUGCAGAGUGUGGUCGAGGUAAUCGAACCCGGACAGCUAUAUGCCUGAUGGACCAUGUGACUGACCUUCCAUUGGACAGCUGUGAAGGGGAUCGUCCAGCGGAGUUGACAUCCUGUGACUCAGGCCCAUGUCAGAACCGGCUGGAGUGGUACACAGGACCAUGGGGUCAGUGUUCUGCAGAGUGUGGGAACGGCACGCAGACUCGGAGCGUGGCUUGUAUUUUCAACAACAACGGUCACAUGGAGGUCGCUGACCGGCCGAAAUGUUCGGAUCUGCCUCAGCCAAUCACAGCUCAGACCUGCAGCCUGAAGCCAUGUGGUGCCCAGUGGUAUUUCACAGAGUGGAGCGCGUGUUCUCGGUCCUGUAACGGGGGCUACCGUGUCCGAGAGGCCCACUGUCUUGCUGACAGUGUUGCCCCGAGCGACCGCUGUGACCCCAGUUUGACCCCGGAGAGUCGAGAAGAAUGCAAUAAACAACCUUGUGUAGCCGAGAUAAGCCCAUCAUGCAGUGACCUGUAUCAUAACUGUAUGGUGGUGGUUCAAGCCCGACUCUGCAUUUACAAUUACUACAGAGGGGUCUGCUGCGCCUCCUGCUCCCGUGUACAGAAAACGUACCCCAACUCGUUUCAAAAGAACCACAUCCGAAGGUGA